AUGACAUCGCGCUCAUAUGAAAUCCUAUGUGUUGUUCUUCUUGGCCUUGGCCAAAUGAGUAUUAUGACAGGAUAUGACACUCAGUCAUUUGUACAAGAGUCUGUUAUUCAUUCUGUAAACGAACGAAACCCCAGCUUGAUCGGACCAUACGCCGGAUACUAUGGACAAGCAACUUGCUAUGUGGCUUAUAUGCUCAGUUGUCUGAUUGCACCUGCGAUAAUGAGUAUAGUUGGUCCAAAGAAAACAUUGUUGUUGGGAUCUUUGUGCUACACUUUCUAUCAAGUCGGAUUCUUCUUCCUCAACAGUUACUACUACUACACCUCUUGUGCAUUGAUGGGACUCGGCUUUGCACUAUAUUAUACUGGAAAUGGUGGAUAUCUGACCUCUCACUCGACCCGACAGACUGUGGAGCAGAACUCAGCUAUCGCUUGGGCAAUCGCCUGUGUUUGCAUGCUUAUUGGGGGAGGAAUUCUAGCGACUAUUGUUAAGAUCAAGGAAGGGACCACACUGGACACCUUUACAAAUGGCACAAUGCAUAAUACCCAUCACAGGACAUUCACUGAUUCUGAGAUCUUAUGGAUGUAUGGAGCUUUCACACUAUUCACCAUUGUCUCCAACAUCAUUUUCUUGGUCAUCCCGGAGAAAGAAAUCGACAACUGUAUUGAAGGAAAACAAGAAAAACGACCAUCGUUCAAUCAACAAAUGAAACUCAUGUUGAACACAUUCGCGAAGCCGAAAAUGAUUCUGCUCUCUCUCUGCUUUGUCCAUUUAGGGCUGUACACAUCUUUUUGGGUGUCUGUCUACCCAACUACCAUGAUAUUCACAGAAUCUCUACGAGAUUCGAAGUACAUAAUCGCUGUCUACAGUGUUGCGGUCGGCAGUGGAGAAAUAGCAAUGGGCUUUGUCAUUUCCUACAUGAGCAGCAGAGUUCACAAUUUUUGUUUGAAACCUGUUGCGUUGUUGAGUUUCGUAGGAACGCUCAUUGUGGUUCUGAGCAUCUGGGUAUCUACUCCCCAGUGGGCAGCAGUCCGUCCCACAGAUGAAUUAGCUUGGCUGGUCCAACCUAGUUACCUGGUGGUUGGUACAAUUGGAUUUUUCCUGGGAUUCUUCGAUUCGUGUAUCAACAACGCACGUCUCGUGAUUUGUGCAUUAGCCUUACCUAAAAAUAGAGCACAGAGCUUUUCAAUCUCCAAGUUCUAUCAAGCUCUGGGAGGAUCAGCAUUGAUGAUCAUGAGUCCUUAUCUGUCAAUAACUAAUUAUACUACGAUUCUUAUAAUAAGCAGUACCUUAUCAACCGUGCUUUAUCUCGUAGUUUCGCACCAAAUUGAGAAAAAAGAAAAGUCAGUCCAUGAGUUUAAGAAAAACCCCGCAGUGGUGUUCGAGUGA